AAUGGGUGCUGAUAUGGCCAAACCUCAAAGUAAACUGAAAGGUGAUGAUGUGAAAAGACUCUCUAAACAAACUUAUUUCACAGAAAAAGAAAUAAAGCAAUGGCACAAAGGAUUUGUAAGGGAUUGUCCAAAUGGAAUGCUUACAGAAAUUGGUUUCCAAAAAAUAUAUAAACAAUUUUUUCCACAAGGAGAUCCGUCUGAUUUUGCAGCUUAUGUUUUUAAAGUUUUUGAUGAAAAUAAAGACGGAGCAAUUGAAUUCCACGAGUUUAUUAAAGCCUUAUCUAUCACAAGUCGUGGAAAUUUGGACGAAAAAUUGCAAUGGGCAUUUAAAUUGUACGAUUUGGACGGGGAUGGAUUUAUUUCUAGACAGGAAAUGGAAUCAAUUGUUAGUUCAAUAAAUAGAAUGGUAGGAGACUCGGUCAGAUUAUCCGAUGAAGACAAUAGCCCUGAAAAGCGAGUGGAAAGAAUAUUUGCUAUGAUGGAUAAGAAUAAUGACGAACAAUUAACACUUGAAGAAUUCAAGGAAGGCGCCAAGGCAGAUCCCAGUAUUGUACACGCCCUUAGUUUAUAUGAGGGUUUAGCAACUUGA